UGCACAGCGCGGAAAUCGUGUUCGGACGUACUCGAGCGUAUCCCCGCGAGUGAGGCAACGCUAUCGAGCGGAAAAUUAUUGACAGUGAACAGAGUGUGGAAAUUAUUUCAAUUAAGAAUAAGAAUUUGUGAAAAAGCAACACGCCAAAUUAAAGAAAGCUGAAAAGCAAAGAAACAUUCAAACUCACCCAAAGCAUUUUCUAACUGCUUGCAAACGAUUUAUUGACAUCAAAAGGACACACAUCCUUUUGUGUUUGGCUUGCUGUGUUUUCUUUUUUUCUUAAGAAACUCACCUCGUUUUUCUCUGCCCCACAACAAUGGCCGUUGUACCGUCAAAUACAAAUCUCAACGAUUGGGAUUAUUGGGAUUAUCGGCGACGCCUAUGGCGUGAUUUGGAUCUCGUCGAUUGGGAUUUGCCAUAUUGGAAACGCCUGGCACGCUUCAACUCAUCGCCCGAUCUCAGUCGUGUGAUUGUGGGCAAAGAUGGUUUUGAGGCGAAUGUGGAUGUGCAUCCGUUCAAGCCUUACGAAAUUCAAGUGAAGACCGUCGGCGAUACGGUGAUUGUGGAGGCGAAACAUGAGAAGCGACGAGACGGUGACAACUUUGUUGGUCGACAUAUUGUGAAACGUUUCAUUCUGCCACGUGGCUUCUAUCCCAAUGAUGUGCGCUCCGAACUCUCCUCAGAUGGCAUAUUGACCAUCAAGUGUCCAACACCAGCGCAGCAUGAGCGGAGUGUGUAUGUGCGACAAGUUGGCCUGCCAUACCUGAGCAUAAAGAACUGAUGAGGCUUAAAGGAACGCACACAAAGAGAGGGAAAGAGAGAGGGAGUGGGAGAGGGUAAAGGAUAUUUCUUUGUUUUACGCAAUUUUUGUAUGCAAUCAACGCCAGCAUAUAAAUAUGUGUGUUGCAUAAAUUUUAGUUCUUUGUGCUUUUUUGCAUAAAAUUGCCAGAAAAUAAAUACGGAAGCGUGUGUUGGUUCUUGUAUUCUGUUGAUUCAUAUGUGCUCGUAUUUUUGUUUUGUAUUAUUUAUAUGUAAUAGUUUAGCGCACUACUAAAUUGUCAAGAGUUCUUUGUUGGUUUAAGAAUAAUUUUUUAAUUAUAUUUUUAUUAUUAUUAUUAUUAUUUUUUAAAUAAAAACACAUUCGUUAAGUUUAAGUAGUUUUUGAAAGAAAAAAAUAACAAUAAAAAUUCACUCGAUUCAAAUGCCAUUUUGUGGACUUUUUUGUAAUUAACAUAAUCAAAAUAAUAUUAGUUAAAUAAAAUCCAAGUUUACGAAAUACGAAAAUA